AUGCCUGAGCUCACCCCGACCGCGGUGCGGCGUGGGCCUCCGCCUCCCCGAGCCUUCCUCCUGCAAGUCAAGAUGGCAGAGCAAAAGCAGAACAACUUAAGCGCAGUGAGUGAAGAGGAGGUGGAGGAGCAAGAUGAAAAUGAGAUGACAGGUUUGAACACAAUCCCCUCUAAAAGUGCUUUGGAAACUGAAAAGCUCGUGGCACUGGGAGAGAGUGGACAUCUGAUCUCAGAGGCUAAAAGUGUCAAGUUCCUCCUGUCUGAAAAACAUUCCAUGGAGCAGGAUGGCUUCCAUCUCGUGACCUGCACCUUCACAGUCUCACUUGCUGUCCUGGCCAAGCCAGCGGGAGAGAGGCAGGAGACAUCCAAUCACCCUGACAUGCCAGGAAAGAGAACUCAAGCGAGUAAUUUGGGAACACGUCCAAAAACACAACGUUGCUAUCACAUGGAGUACUUCCUCCUACCAGAUGACCCUCUGCCUAGAAAACUGGAUUUGGUGUUGGUUGGGCUGGUUGCAAAGCUACGUACACACUCUAACUCCAAGACUAUUAGACCAUGGUUUGAAAAUGAGAAGAUGUGGCUUUCAUGGAAGCACAGCAUUGAUAUCCGUGUCACUAAUGAAUAUCUAAUAAAACUGAGAGAUCACAAAAUAAUUCUAAGAAUCUGGGCUACCGAGGGCAAAGCUUCUUUAAAAUCAAGGCAGAGCAAAACAAACAUCAUUUCUUCACUAGAAGGAGAUGCAGAGGCUGUUGGUAGAAACCGUUCUGACCUUAAAAGAAACUCUAUGGCAAAGAGCUCUGUCACUGCCUCACUGCAGCUGGAUGUCAUGCCUCUCCUGGCAGGUGAAAGAGCAGUGGUCACUCGUCUGGCAGAAGACAGUCCUGAGAUUCUAGAUGCUUACAUGACUUUCACUGUGGAAGCACCUCUUAUGUCUGAAAGACAAAGGCAUGAUUUGAAUCCACUGGUCAUAAGGAUCAAGUCAGCUACCCACCUCCCAAACACACCUGUACCCAUAGAAGUGCUGCAGAGAGUGUGUGCUCCCAUCUACUGCAAAUACAAAUUUCACCACUUCCCACCUCACCAGACUCAGGGACAAGCCCAUGGAACUCAUGUCUACUUUAAUGAUGUCAAUGUGCUUCUGACAGGCACAAUGCAGCCUGGGGAGUUACAGAGGUACCUUGUAGGUCCACCUUUGGAGAUUGAAGUUCAUGACCGGGAUAGGAAGAUGGACCAGAGCAGAAAGAAGCCCUCUUUGCUUGAGGAGAGUGAAGCUGAUGGAAAUGUGGGGGAGGGCAGCUCCCUUGUUUGCAAGCCCACAGUGAGUAGUUCUUGUAGGAAGAAGGAAGUGUGGCAUCCACACGGGGUGGCUAACGUCAGUCUAACUGAUUUAUUGGAGGGUCAAAAGUACUUGAAUAUCAGGGCUCCCAUCCUUAACUGCUCACCUCCAGACACAGCUGCUUUCAGCAAGGACAGGAGCCACAAAAGAGGAGGGUCAGUGAGUGGUUCUCCCUCCCUCCUGAUGGCACAUUACCUGGAAUCAGGCUCGCUUUUGAAAGUAAGAGUGGAAAUAGCUGUGCCCUUGAGGAUGUCUGCAGAGAUGGCUGAUGCUCCAUAUGGUUAUAUCAUCUACAUUUUUGACUACAAUAAAUCAUCUUUAUCCCAUGAUUUGGUGGAAGACAUUUCUGCAACCAAUGCUGAAGCCCUGCAGCCGCACUGCUCUCUUCCGCACUCCAUAACGCUGGAUUGUGCUGCUUUAAGACUGCAAAGCACACCUGAGAAGGUUUCAGAGAUGGAUAUUGUCACUGGGUUUCACUUGCUGGAUGGAGAAACUCAUCUCUUUGUCUUGGAGGGAUUAAAAGACAAAGCAAUCAAGAGAAUAUGGGACAGACACUUUGAAAGGGCUCACAGACACCAGGAUGGACAACUGGAAGUCCUGUAUAACUCAGGCCUGUCUUUCCCUCAGCGCCUCUAUGUAGACCUGGAAGCUAUCUUUUACCAUUUCCUCCUCUGCCAGCCCCUUUCUGAUCUGGCCAAGCAGCCCCAGCCCUAUGUCACCUAUAUCAGAGGGAGGAUUCCUCCAGAGUCUUUCCAAGCCUUGUCCAGGCUCUCCUCCCUGUGUCAGAGUAAAAGCCUGAGAGGUGUAAUUCGUGGAGAUUUGCUGCCCUCAGCCAAGAUGAUCACAGCCUUCAGUCACCAGUAUGGAGUUCCUUUAACAUGUGACAAUGUCAGUGAAGUGUGCAUGCAGGAGGAGAAAGGAACAAGAGACAAAAGAGCUUCUGGGAGAAACUAUAUUCCAGAGCGGCAGGAGAAUGCUGUGCGUGCGAACAAGGAGGCCAUGCUGCCACGGGAGAGAUGGGGCUGGGACCAGAGACACAUUGAUUUUGACCUGUACAAGAAGCCACCUGAGUUCUUUGGAGCAACAGCCCCACGGACUGGUAAUGGGCCUGCUAAAAUUAACUGA